AUGAAAGGGGAGACCCCUGUUAACAGCACUAUGAGCAUCGGGCAAGCCCGCAAGAUGGUGGAGCAGCUGAAGAUUGAAGCCAGUUUGUGCCGGAUAAAGGUAUCCAAGGCGGCAGCAGACCUGAUGACUUACUGUGAUGCCCACGCCUGUGAAGACCCCCUCAUCACCCCCGUGCCCACUUCGGAGAACCCCUUUCGGGAGAAAAAGUUCUUCUGUGCCCUCCUCUGA